AUGCGAUUUUCUCCUCUAUNCACACCCCUUUCUUUGAAUGGAUACUUAACAACAUAUUUUUGCGAUGCAAUUCGAAAUAAUGUUGAUCUCAGCAUAAUUAAACAUUUUGAAUUUUCUUCAAUUGCUCGUACUACUGAAGCUUUUAUUAAAUUGAUUGAAAAUAUGACUAAUCUUUCUUCAGUUGGCAUUCAAUACUUUCAUAGUCUUGAUCUAUUUAAUCUAGUUUUAUCACCAAAUCUUUCGAUUCGACAUCUUGUUCUCUUCGAUUAUGAACCAGAAACAAGAAAACAACUUUUCUAUCAUAUAUGUCGACUUUUUCCAGGAUUAACCCAUUUGACAACCGAUUAUCAUUCACGACGAGAGCUCUGUUAUUUAUUAAAUGAACUUGUUCACCUUGAGCAGCUCACAUUGCGUUUGGCUCAAGAUCAAUAUGUCCCAACUUAUGGUUGGAUCAAGCAGCAUAGUCGACUGCAAAUGAAUCCAUUUGAAUUGAGAAUAUUUAACAUGGCUCAUAAAGAAAGAAAGUUGGUUUUGUGGAUCAACACCAAUAAUAAUAUUGUGCUUUCACGUCAUGAUCAACAUCAUAGAGUAAAAAACUGUUCUAUUCAAUAA